GCAGAUCAGGACGCAAAAACGUUUCUCUUCAUUCUUCCCAAUCCACCACUCUCUCUCACUCUCUAUCUCUCUCAUCUCUUGUAACCUACUCUGCAUCUCUCUCUUUCUCUCUGUAGCUUCGAUCGUCGUCGAGUUUGAUGGCUGGUGUGCUUGAGACGCUGACUGUUCCUCGGGCCUCGGUUUUUCCGGCGGCGGCGUUGGCUCCGAUGGGGAGUUAUUCAGUUUAUGCACUCUCAGGCAGCCGGAAAUCGGUCAAAUUACCGGAAAUCAGAGGCCUGAAGAUCUGUUAUAGUUCUACGAGUCGAUCGUUUAGUUCGAGCUCCAGCUCGAGUUUGAGACUCGAUCGCCGUGGGGGACGAAUUGUGUGCGAGGCUCAGAAGACUGCUGUUGAAGUGAGAAACAUCACGUAUGUUUCUUUAACAAUUGCAGUGACUACUGUAACUGAUGCAAGUUGGCAGUCACUUGUCCUUGAGUCUGAUUCCGCUGUUCUAGUUGAAUUCUGGGCUCCAUGGUGUGGUCCGUGCCGGAUGAUCCACCCUAUUAUUGAUGAAUUGGCAAAGCAAUACACUGGGAAGCUCAAAUGCUACAAGGUGAACACUGAUGAGAGUCCUUCAAUUGCAACCCGAUACGGGAUCCGUAGCAUUCCGACUGUCAUAAUCUUCAAGAAUGGAGAGAAGAAAGAUGCAGUUAUUGGUGCUGUUCCCAAAUCAACACUGACCUCCAGCAUUGAAAAAUUCUUGUAGAGGCGGUAAGAUAUAUUAAUUCUUAGUGAAGCUAUCUCUUGUAUGUGUUUCAUCCCUCUUUAGAUAAUGAUUCCGCAAGUUCAGACAUGCUGCAUCAAUAAACUAAAUAUGCUCCUGUAUAGUUACUGUAUGUUGCUGCAUUUUCUGUUUUCUUUGUGAUAAUGUUAAUUAUCUAUAUUUGUGUUUACAUUUUCCAAAAGGCUCA